AUGUCAGCCAAUCGCAUGGAUGCCGUCUUUGCUAAAAUCGCGCAAGAGACUUCAAAAUUUCAACUCGGCGACGAGGAGAUUUGGCGCAAGCUAUAUGACCCUUUCUAUCCUGAGCCACCACAGACUGUAACGGUCAUCCGCGAUGAGCGAUAUGGACCUUCGGAUAGAAAUCUCUUGGAUGUAUUUGUGCCACAUGGAAAUGAAUCCAACAGACCGGUCAUGAUGUAUGUUCACGGAGGAGGAUUCUUUUCCGGAGAUAAAUUGUGGACCGAGCAGGUAUAUUCCAACAUCGGGUGGUUUUUCGCUCAACGGGGCAUCAUCACUGUGGUGAUAAAUCAUCGUCUUGUGCCACACGUGCAGUACCCCGGAGGUGCAGAUGAUGUACAAUUGGCACGUGAAUGGAUUUUCAAUCAUAUCUCGUCCACUAGGUACGGUUGUGGCUCGGUCGACAAGGUUAUCCUGUUUGGUCAUUCAUCUGGCGGUGCGCAUAUCGCGAUGAACCUUUAUGCCGCUGAUCGCGCAUCUGAGUUGCCGAUUUCCCCCCAGUGGCCGGAGUAA